AAGCCUGACGUCUCCUUCGGCGGUGAUUGCGUGGCGUGGCGAGGGGAAGCGAGGCGUCGGCAGUCACCAAGUGGCCGGCGUGUGGUGCGGUACGGUGCUGUGGAGUGGUGAGGUGUGGCGUGUACACUGAGCGAUGAGCAACUGCAACACGGGUGCGGGCGCCGCCAUCCUGUCAGCCCGCGCCGCCGCAGAAACAACACCUCUGCUCCGACCAGAUAGACAUGCUGAUGAUGGUGAUGAUGCCAGUGGAGAGAAUCAGAGUUCCAUUAACUGGAGACGUCACCUGAAGAUAAGAUGCACCAACUCAGCACAAAUUUUCAACAUUAUUGCUCUGAGCAUUAUACUCUUUGGUGGUGUUAUUGUAUCAGUCUGGCUGUAUAUCGACAGACCUGGUAACACGCAGUCCUGUGAUGAAAGAUGUAUGUUACAUUUAACCACACGUCAGGACUGGGGUGCUGAGCCACCCAGAAAAAACAUUUCUCAAGGGGCACGACCAGCAGUAUACGUCAUCAUCUCACACACUGUAACUUCCCCAUGUAAUUCAUCUGUAGCAUGCAAGUCUGAACUCAAGGCCAUGCAGUUAAAUAACUUCAAAAGAAAUUUUACUGACAUCAAGUACAGCUUUCUUGUUGGAGGAGAUGGGUUCACUUACGAAGGUCGUGGCUGGGAAGCUGAGAAUGCCAUUGCACCCCAUUUUGAUCCCACGUCUCUGGGAAUUGCCUUUAUUGGAAAUUUUGAGUCUGUUACUCCACCAGAAGAGCAGCUAAAUCAGGCAAAAUCAUUGAUACAAGAAGCUCUUUACCAACAAAAGCUUUCACAUGAUUACAAACUGGUGGCCCACCGACAAGUCGCUCACACAAACAGUCCUGGAUUUGCGUUAUUCAGUAUUAUCAAAACCUGGAAACACUGGGAAAAUUGUUACAUGGAGAGCUGUUGAUGUUGAGUUUUAAGAUAAUGUCUAUGGCUAGCAUAAAUUCAUUAAUGAAUCAUUUUAGGCACACAGUUGUGUUUAUUAAUAUUCAUUAAUUCAUUUAUUUCAUUUAUUUAUUUAUUUACUUAUUUCAUAGACAAGUGGUCACUGUCUACAAGUGUCUUUUAAAUCAUAUCUCACAUGGUUGUUAACUUUUGUUUUCUAGUUAAAAGGAAAAAAAGCAUGAAUUUGUAUUUUAUGAAUCAGUGUUCUGAUAGAAUUUCCCUCAGAACAAUUUUAUGAUUUUGGUACAGUAAUUCUAAAUACAGCCAAAACCUGAUAUAAACUUGGAUCUUAAACAAGACCUACAGGAAUUGCUUCAAGACAAAAUAUAUGGCCAAGCCUCAUAACAGCACCAUGUACUGUAAUUAUUAUGCAGCAUUAGAUGUAAGUAUGCCUGUAACCAACUGUCUACCAUCAUCCAUUGUCACCACCAAACUGUGUCUAACCACAAACUCAACUACCUAUUGACAGAACAUAGUGCACACGAUGACACCAAUUACUUCAGCAUUUAUUCCCAUACCCAUGCAAUUCGGAUCCUCUCAAGCAUGAUCUCAUCUGAAGUGCACAGGUGGGACUGUUCCUCUAGCACAUUUUCCAUUCCUGCAAUCCCCCUGUCCUUCCCCCAGUCCUAAAUCCCUAAUAAUUGUCAUUUUCAGUUGAGCAAAUACUUGAUAAUGAUGUGCUCUGUUACAUGUGUGUCUAUCGCCUAUCAGUCGUCUGUAGAUGAGAGGAUGCAUUUACACAUUUCAUGUGUUAGAAUAAAAUAAUUUAUUAUUUUAUUUGUAAUAAAACAGUUGUGAGAGUCUGUGACUGAAAACAUAUAUUGCUGUCAGUCAUAAUUUUUAACAAUAUCUUGAGAUGUUUGGGAUAUAAUUCUCAUUCUCAAGCACUUUUUCCCUUUUACAAAACUUUAUGAAAUUUGCUGUGCUUGAGCUAUUGCACUGUUCUGAAAACUCCACUGUAAUACAAGCGCAUGCUGCACAAACUCUUGGCAUCCUGGAGAUUCGAUUUUGUAGUGUUUUUGCAGUAGUGCACUCUAAAAGAGUCUGUAAAUUAUUCCAUAGAGCUUCAACAUUACAUGACAUCCGUUUUCUGACCUUCGUGUCAAAUUAAUCCCAUAAGAGUUCAAUGGAAUUUAAGUCAGAUGACUGACCUGACCAAAUCAUAUUCUUCAGUUCCCUGCAUUCCUUUUUUCUAUUGACACAAUUUAGAAGCAUAUUUUGCAUCACUGCCCUGCUUCAGAAUAAACCCACAACCUGUAAGUCUCCUGCCAGAUAGAACUGCACUGUUGAUCAGUAUUCUGUGACAUCCUUCCUUCUUUAAUGUUCAAUAAAUUCUCACUAGAUAACAGACUAUCAUCCACAAAACAUCCCCACACUACCCCUCCAGCAUGUUCUCCACAAAUUCAACGAAUAAACAUACAAUUAUGGCUUUCAAAUACUUUCAACUUAGAUUCGUCCAUGAAUAACACCUUGGACAGCUUUUUAUGUUUCUGUGUACAUUGCAAUCUUUUUAGCUUAUUUUGUUUGGCUACUGCAGACACUUGUAAACCUUGUGCAUGGAGAUGGUGCAUUGAGACAGAGAUUGGAGCUGCUCGCAUACUAUUUACUUCCUCGUGAAUUUCAGAUGCAAUACAAGUCCUCUGUCCUCUGACAUUUACCCUUCCAGAUCAUGAAACACUUGUAUUGACACCAGUUUUCUUGAACCACUGCAAUAUAUACAUCACUGUAGAUUGUACUAUGCAAACUUUUGUUACUAUAGUUCUACUAAAACAGCCUUCCUGAUGCAAAGCCUCAAUUGAGCAUGUUUUUCAAUUCCAGUCUCCUGCUUCCAUCCCAUUAGGAGGUAAUAUGGUAUGAACCUGAUCAGGUAAAAACACACUGCUAGGUGCACAGAGUGUAUUGUAAACUAAUGCACACAAUGUACUGCAAACUAAUGCAAACUGAAUGCUACACAGACAGCUGUGAAGGAAUAAGGCCUAUUCGAAUGAAACCAUCUCAGGUAAAGCCACAUUAUCAUUGUUGCAAAUACUCAUUGGUGCCCCUCUAAGUGAACAACCAUUCAAACACACAACACAGGUGCUUAGCCUUCAUAUGUUUACAAGUGUUUCAUCAGAGCGAGGAUACCACAGAAGAUUCAUGAUGGCAUCCCCAUUUUAACCACAAACUCAUACUUGUGAUGGGUGAUCGAAGUUUUUGACCUGCAUUGUAAUUUGGUUAUAUAAAAUAAGUAAUCACACACAUUUGUAGCAGUAAAUAUUUUGCUGAUGAACAUGAAACCACUAUAUGAUUACACUGCAUCACAUUAAUACUAAAUAGAGUUAGUACAUCUGGUAAUGACUGCUACAGUUCCUCUGUUAUUCAAAUGCAUGUUAAUGAAAAGCAACAGUGUAUUUUAUUUUAACACAGGGGAAAAAAUUGACAGGAAUGAAAAAGGUACUAAAGGUAUUUAUUCAAACUUAAAACUUCCAGUUUCUGUGAACACACACAAUGUACUUAAAAUGAGUGAAGAUUGAUUAAUAUAUUAGUACCAUUAGCUUUAAUCAAAUUAAAUUACAUUGAUUUUCUUUUUUUUUUUUUUCUUGAAAAGGAGAAGACAAGCAACUGGAAUUAAAACUUCAUGCAUGUCAUGUAUAUUUUGAGCACCAAAUAAAACUAGAAGAAAAAUAUUGUAAAUAACAUAACAAAAAUCUAAAUUCAGCAUGUGACCUAUAUUUCCACUGACGAAUAAAGCAGAAAUACAAUAAUGACAAUAUACUUAUGGGAAGUUGCUGCCUAAAAAAAUGGUAAGUAUACAACUGCAAUUAAAUGGUUCAGCACCAACAUUAUGCGGUGUAUGUGCACUUGCAAGUGUACACACACACACACACACACACACACACACACACACACACACACACA